AUGGAUUCUGAGACCAAGAACGAGCAAAAAGAUAGUUGUCAAUGCUGCGAUGAGUGCAAGUGCGAGAACAAGGAAACUUGUCAAUGUACUUCCCAAAAGAAGGAAGAUACUGAGUGCAAGCCUGAAGAAAAGAACACCGAUAAAUGUUCUUCUGAAAAGAAGGAGGAUAGUGAAUUGAAGUGCGAGGACAAGGAGACUUCCCAAGACACUUCUGAAAAGAAAGAGGAUGCUGAGGGCAAGUCUGAAGAAAAGGAGGCCGACAAAAGCUCUUCUGAAAAGAAGGAGGAUAGUGAAUGUAAGUGCGAGAACAAGGAAACUUGUCAAUGCACUUCUGAAAAGAAGGAGACCUGUAAGUGCAAUUGCGAAAAGGCAAAGGUUCAUGGUUGCUGCUGCAAAUGCAAAUGCAAAUGUAAGGAACACAAUACAUCAAAAACCGAGAAGAAGGAAACUGAACCUAAAAAGGAUAUGUGAUCUGGGCGCUAUUUAGAAAAUAGAGAAUACACAAAUUAUUCCUUUCUUUCU